AUGUCAUUACCACUAGAUGUUAUACUCGAAGAGCUAGAGUCAAGUCCAAAGUCAAUAGUCCCUAUACUUGCAACUUUGCAUCAUGAUAAGGCAUUGUUGAAUUAUAUUUCUAAGACAGAUUUAAAACAUUUAGUAUCACGUUCAUUAAACUUAUCAAAAUCUCAUAUAUCAUAUAAUAAAUGGUGUGGAAUUAAUUUGAUCAAGGUAUUGAGUAAUAAUUAUAAUAUUUUGGCCAAUGAAGGGGUGAAUUUCAUGAGUCAAUUAUUGAAAAUCUUAGAAAAUUACAAUCAGUCCAUCGACCCAAAAAUUUUGAGCUCGACUGUUGAAUGCCUAAACAACCUAUGCAAUCAAAUUAGAGGGAAACCAACCCUUACAAGGGAAGUAUUGACACCUAAGUUACCUACAAUUAUUACUUUGUAUAUGGAAAAGAUUGCUUACCAACCGUUUUUGAUUCUCAGGUCUUUGAAUUCAUUAAUCAGAAAGCAUCCUACUACAUUCAGACCGUAUGGUAAUAAAUUACGCAACAGGCUUAUAGAGUUCUUAAGUUCUGAAUCUUAUAGCGCAUUUCCUCAAGACUUGAAGCAAUUAAUAUGUGAAAUUUUGGCGACUUUGCCGAUCAUUGAAAAGACUGACCCUGAUGCAAAAUGGCAAAGUGAUAUAGUAGACCUUGUGAAGGAAUUAUCGCAUGUCUUACUUAUUUAUGAUGAGUUUUUGAGUUUAAAUGACGAUUCUGAUUUAAUGGACUUAUUCAAGAAAAUACCUCGGACUAGAGAAAGCGAAGACCUGGAUCUGAGUUUUAAGUUUGCUUCUUUAGAAAUAGAUAUAAACAAACCAGAUACCAUUUUCCAAAUUUCAGAUAGGGUUGAACUUUUAUUGAGUAUUAUGAAGGCUUAUUUACUAUCUGAGACUCAAUUUAGUGUAAGAGUUCCAAUCGGAUUGGUACUCAUAAUUAACGAAAUUAUUUGCUCUAUCAGUACCAAAUUCGUCCCAUUCAGAAAAGAUAUUCGUGACGAGAGAGUGAAGAAAUUAGUUAAGUCUACCACUUUACUAAACCAGUUUAAUUCCAUUAAACUUUUAAGUGAAUUGCCAAUAAAAUACCAAGGAUCAUUAGUUCCACAUUUGAAUAACAUAUUAGCAUUCUUGGAGAUAUUAAUUCCUUUUUCGAAUAAGAAAAUUGAUUACCAAGAAGUGUUAUCAAAUGAAAUAUUCAUGUGCAAAUUGCUUGAAUGUACUGGAAAUUUCGUAUCACUAGUUUCAAGUUUGAGCGAUGCAUCACUUUUGAUAAGAUUUAUCGACGUAGCCCUUUGCUUGGUUGAAGAAAGAGCACUUAAUUCUUCACCUGUAUCUGAUGGCAAGAAACAAAUCCAACAGGCAAAUGGUAAUAAGAAGAAAAAUAAAAAGAAGAACAAGGAAUCUGUGCCAUUAUCUGAUUUGUUAUCACACCAACAUUUGUUCAACGAAACAAUUCCAUCGUCAACCCUUAAAGCUACCCGUAGAUUUGUAAAUAUUGUUAUAACUAGGGUUAACUUACCACCAACUCAACAUUAUAGGGUUUUCCGUUACAUGAUUAUUGAAGCUACCGUUGCUAAGUCGUAUAAUAAGGACCAAAACAUUUCCCAAGAAUUAAAACAGCUAUUAACAAACUCUGUCUUAUAUCCUGGCUUUGAAAAGAAUUCGAUGCUUCCGAUUAUUACUAGUCUAUUAGGUGACGAUCCACUCUUAAGUGUUUUUAAUAAUCCAAGAUUUCCACCUUUACCGACCUAUAUCAAGAAGUCAGGUCUGGUGAUUGAAGAUGACGAAGAAGAGAGUCAAGACGAGGAUGAAGAAAUGGAACAAAACGAGAAUGAUGGAUCAUUAAAUGUAGGUGAAGAAUCACAAUCAGAAUCAUCAGCAAAGCGUCGUAAACUUGACGUAUCGGAGUCUAGCGCUGAUGGAGGAAGCGAUCAACCAGAAAAAGUACUCCCAAACAUCGUGCUUGAAGAUACUAAGAUUAAGGAAAAGAUAUUUACUAAUGUGAAUCCAGAUCUGGUAAUUCAAUUCGCAGAAACAUCUGAAAUGGUUGAAGAUGUUGUACCAGAGCCCGAAGUUACUAGAUCAGAAGUCGUUACCAAAAGCUCUUUAGGCACUAUUCCAACCCCAGAAAAUUCAGUUGCGACUUCAGUUUCAGUUUCAGUGGAUAAGAAUGAACAGGAUGAAUCGGAUUUUGAAAUACCAGAUAUUGACGUUGGAGACGAUUCUGAUGAUGAGUAA